AUGGGUAUCAAAGGCCUUACCGCCUUGAUUAACGAUUUGGCUCCUGAUGCUAUAACUCAAUCUGAAAUCAAAACGCUGUUCGGAAGAAAGGUGGCUAUCGAUGCCAGCAUGUCGAUUUAUCAGUUCCUGAUUGCCGUUCGCCAACAAGAUGGUCAACAGUUGAUGAAUGAAGCAGGGGAAACAACCUCUCACCUGAUGGGGUUUUUCUAUCGAACCAUCCGUAUGGCCGAAAAUGGAAUCAAGCCAGCUUACGUGUUUGACGGAAAACCACCUCAGUUGAAAUCGGGCGUACUUGCUAAACGAUUUGAGAAAAGAACCGAGGCGGCAGAAGAGGGUGAAGAAGCUAAGGAGGUGGGAACAACAGAAGACCUGGAUAAGCUCACUCGACGAACAGUCAAGGUCACACGUGAACAUAAUGAGGAAUGUAGGCGGUUGUUGACCUUGAUGGGCAUUCCUUGGGUAAUUGCUCCGAGCGAAGCCGAAGCUCAAUGUGCCGAACUCUGCAAGGGUGGACUGGUGUACGGCGCUGGUUCCGAAGACAUGGACACCCUGACUUUUGGGACACCGCUGCUUUUGAGACACUUAACCUUCUCGGAAGCUCGAAAAGUGCCCAUCAAUACUGUUAAUUUGAGCAAAGUGCUGGCAGGAUUGGAUCUCACGAUGGAACGUUUUAUCGAUUUCUGUAUAUUAUGUGGCUGCGAUUAUGUUGAUCCACUGAAAGGGGUGGCAGCCAAGACCGCGUUAAAACUGAUCAAGGAACAUGGCUCACUGGAAGCAGUUGUUGAUCAUCUACAGCAGACCGGCAAAAACCCGCCACCGGAGGAUUGGCCUUGGGCAGAAGCCAAAGAACUAUUUGUUAAGCCUGAUGUCAUAAAAUCUGAAGAUAUCAAAUUGGAGUGGAAUAUGCCCGAUGUGGAUGGAUUGGUUGAAUUUCUGGUAAAGGAGAAAGGAUUUGACGAGGAGAGAGUCAGGAAAGGUACAAACAAACUGAAGCUGGCAAUGACUCAGAAACAACAAGGUCGACUGGAUGGAUUCUUCAAAGCAGCGCCAAAGAAACCGGAGGAGACAUCUAAAAAGCGAAAAGCGGAUGAUAAGAAGACAGGAGACAAGAAGAAACCAGCAAAAGAAAAGAAAGCAAAGACGAGCUCACAGAAAUGA